GUGGAGGUCCUCGCCCCGCAGAGUUCGGUCAUGUUGGAGAGACUCCUCCCCCUCACUCAGUACCAAGUUCACGUAUCCAUUAUAGGCAACAACUCAGCGCUUUGGACUUCGCCAGUUGUCACAUUCCACACCACGAGAGACGACGUGUUCCAAGUCUUCAACAACAGCACGCCCACGAUCAUUGACGCCAUAGACGUGAGCGUGGGCGGCAUCGAGGGCAGUGAUGUCACGCCCCUCGAGAACCUGGGUGGGCUGGACCAGAAGGUGGGGCUGGUGCGGGUGAGGGCUGAGGAGGUGGGCAUCGUCCUGCUCGUCCUGGCUGUCUGGAUGUUCGCCAUCGCUCUCUUCUUUAACAGGUAG